AUGGCGGCGGAGAUGGCGGCACACGACCUGGGCUCCAUCUGCACCACUGUCCCCAAAGCCAUGCACAAUUCCCUCUGGGACACCAGGAACAUCUCCUACACAGGAUGUGCUGCCCAGCUCUUUUUCUUUGUCUUGUUCAUCUCAGCAGAGCUUUUCCUCCUGACCAUCAUGUGCUACGACCGCUAUGUGUCCAUCUGCAAACCCCUGCACUACGGGACCCUCCUGGGCAGCAGAGCUUGUGCCCACAUGGCAGCAGCCGCCUGGGUCAGUGCCUUUCUCUAUUCACUGCUGCACACAGCUAAUAUAUUUUCCCUGCCCCUGUGCCAUGGCAAUGCCCUGGGCCAGUUCUUCUGUGAAAUCCCACAGAUUCUCAAGCUCUCCUGCUCCAGUUCCCAUGUCAGGGAACUUGGGCUUCUUGCUCCUAGUGCCUGUUUGGUAUUUGGUUGUUUUGUGUUCAUUGUUUUCUCCUAUGUGCAGAUCUUCAGGGCUGUGCUGAGGAUCCCCUCGGAGCAGGGAAGACACAAAGCCUUUUCCACCUGCCUCCCUCACCUGGCCGUGGUCUCUCUGUUUGUCAGCACUGCAGUGUUUGCCUACCUGAAGCCCCCUUCCAUCUCGUCCCCAUCCCUGGAUCUUGCCCUGUCAGUUCUUUAUUCAGUGGUGCCUCCAGCCCUGAACCCCCUCAUCUACAGCCUGAGGAACCAGGAGCUCAAGGCUGCAGUGUGGACACUGAUGACUGGAUGCUUUCAGGAACAUGAAACAGCUGGCCAAUUUUG